AUGAACACAAAUACUUUGAAGAACCAUAACCAACUAGAAGAUCUAAUUAGGCUUAAGCAGAGGGAUUCGUGAGAAAUGAACGGAGCUCUAAACAAAUAAAUACUUGUACUUGAGGUUAGUGACUUGGUUCAGAGACUCUCAUGGUCUAUUUGACUAUGACUCUGCUAGGUACACUGAAAGCGAUAUUUUCAUCGAGAAUUCAUACUUUAUUAACCGUGAUGGCAAUGAUGGGAUUCAACUGGCUCAAUAUAAUGUCGAAAAUGAGGGAGGAGAUACUUUUAGGUCAGAAUAUGAGAAUAGCAAGUGCCUUGCAAGUAUUUCCCAGAUCAGUGGAGAGUACUACCUCUUUCAUAAAGCUGAUAAUGUUGCUUCAAAUAAGGAGAAGUUAUGGUGGGUUAUUAAAAGCUUUAAGGUCAAUAAAUACGGAUACAGAGGACAUAAGUUAAAAUAAAGGGGACAAAAUUAGAUUUGGAAGAUUGGUUUACAAUGUAAGGGACACUUCAAUUGAUCCUACUAAUGAGAGAGAUAUGGAAAAAUAAACAGAAUUUUGAGGGAAACCAGAUCAUUGCGAAUAAUGCAUAUGGGCAGGAGAUAUUGGGAAAUACAGAAGUUGAUCUGGAAUUAUACCAAGUGAAUGGCGAGCGAGCAGCACAAAUAGUCCAAAAUGUUGACCAACCAAGAUUAGAGGCUUUAGAAGAUUCGGUGAACUCACCUCGCUUAAUAAAUCACGAAACUGAAAUACCUCAGAAUUUAGUCACUUCGAUUGCAAAUAAUGAGCUGAGGCUUGCUAAUAUGAGAAUAAAUACUGAUAAUAAUGAUGAGAUCGCAUCCUUUAAUGGUACAAAUAACAUCAAUAUAAAUAACUAUUUUGAAAAUUUAUCAACAGAAAGGGGAAAUGAUUUGAUGAAUAGCAAUUCUUUUGCACAAAAUGCAGGCUUCAUAAACGAUUCUCAGACACAUCUGUUGAACGAUUCUCUUGAUCAGAAAGUUCAGCCUCAGAACAUAGCUUCUUCACAAGCUAUAGUAAAAGCAUCUUUUGAGGAGACCUCAUCUGUGAAAUCACAGAACUGUGUUUGAAAGAUCUGACUUUCAGAAGAAGAGGAUCCAGAAGGAGAUCCUUUGAUCUCUCCUUGAAAGUGCAUUGGUACUGUCAAAUAUAUGCAUGUCAGCUGAUUGCGUGAAUGGAUCAAGUCCAAAUGCAAAAUCUCUGAGAAAGACUACUGUACAACCUACAUAUGGGAAAACCUUUUCUGCGAGCUUUGCAAAAUCAAGUACCCAGAUAAUGUAAUUAAAAAGAAACGAAUCCAGAUAGUAGAAUUUGAAAUCCCUGACCAAGAUGAGUAUGUCCUCUUGGAGAGUUUUCAGAGACACGAACAAAAACGCGUCAGGAUCCUACAUGUCUUAAGGAUGAAUAGUGAUAUGCGAAGGAUCAAUAUCGGAAGAGCCAAUAAAUGCGAAGCCAGGAUCAUUGACAUCAGCAUUUCAAGGCUUCACUCUCAGAUCAGGUAUGAGAAGGAUGGCUUUUGGAUACUUGACAGCAAUUCCAAAUUUGGCACACUUAUAGGGAGGGACAAACCUUCAUUAUUGCAAGUGAACGAGCCUCAAUAUGUCCAGGUUGGGAGAAGCCUGCUUAUUGCUAUGGUUGAGAAACCUUGGUGCAGGUGAUGUAUCAAGUGCCUUGUACCAACUGACAUUCAACAAGGUGCAUCAUUUUGUACCUGAAAGGAGAAAUUUCCUAAACAAUGAAGAGAUAUUUAUGAAGAGUCUCAAGAGAAUUUGAUUCCUGUAGCUGGAAACCCCCGGAAUAGUCAUAGAGACGUUCUCAGCCAGAAAGAGAAUCCCAAAAUAAUUCCACUACAAGAGGCGCUUGUCAGUCAAAAUAGACUUAAUGAGGAGACUCAAGAUUCCGUCAUUGUAGGACCACAUUCAAAAACUCUUGCUAAAAAUAGGAUGAGCAACAUCGAAACUGCAUUUCAAGAUCGGGUCGACUCGAGAAUGAUGAAUUCAAGAACUAGGUCUCGUUAUGAUCUCACAAAGCCGAUCAUCGAACAUGAAGAAGAAGCUAAAGGAACUAUUGAGUUUAAGAACAGGGAUACUCUGAGAGAGGAAAGCAAAGGCAGGGCCUUUGCUUCCUUUGGUCACAGCUAUAGAGAUCCUCUUAAUGACUCUCAUCAACCCUUUAUCCGUGAAAUUGAUGAAGAAUAUAAACAACCUCCAGAUUUAGAUCAGAAUAUGGAAGGUGCAUUACAAUUACUCCAUCAAAUGGACGAACGACCAAUAAAUCGGGGCUACAGUUCUGACAGGAGAUUUUCUGUUGAGGAAGAGAAGGAACCUUGUCCAGUAUCUAGAGAUAGAGAUUCCAAUAACAUGAAAAGAAGCAUUUCUGCUCAGAAACGUAUAUUAGACCCAUCUGAGCAUGUUCAAGAGCAAAUGAUAAACCCCUCAGUUGAUGCUCAUGCACAAGAAUAUCUGAACAAAGACAACAUAUAAAAGCCUUCCUAAUAAGUUAUA